AUGUGUGGCAACUACUACGGUAACUCCUGUGGCUCUGGCUGUGGAUACGGCUAUGGCUGUGGAUUUGGCCCCUAUUAUGGCCGUGGCUAUGGAUCCGGAUAUGGCUGUGGUUAUGGAUCCGGAUAUGGCUGUGGUUAUGGAUCCGGAUAUGGCUGUGGCUAUGGAUCUGGAUAUGGCUGUGGCUAUGGCUCUGGCUGUGGCUAUUGGGGCUACUGGCCACUGUGUUAUAGAAGAUGUUACUCUUCUUGCUGCUAG